AUGGUUGAUCAAGCAUCCCCAUGGAAGAACCCAAUGAUGAAGGGUCUUGAAGCCUUCAAACGCAAGCAUGGCCUCCUUGUGGUGGGGCGGGCGGCGGCACUGCUCAUGUUUUGGCAAUCGAUUAUAAUACUAUACAAGGCUGCAAAGCAUGGAUUGUACGACUACCAAUUCUACCACACCGCCACUAUAUCAGUUCUCAUAGCGGUUUUUUUCUACCUUUUCUUGCUGAUGGCCGAUGUACACAAAACUUUAAACAGAAUCAAAGCCUCAGAAGAAGAAGAUAAUAAUGCUACCUUGAAGGCAAUACUCAAAGAAGUAUAA